GGUAGACAUACAAAAUGUGCAGGGCUGGGGGUCCUCCAGGAACAUGGUUAGGAUCCACUGGACUACGCAAAUUUCAGCACUGCACAAGAACUCCAGCCUUUUGAGGGGUUUCAGAAUUUCGGAGACGGGGAGAAGUUCCCAUCAUGACAUUCGUAAGCAAACCGAGGUUACGAGCGUAACCAGAGAUGUUUUCCCCUCUGGGAUGAUGGCAACGUCACAGAAACAGCAUUGAACCACAAAAUAAAAGCUAAGGGCAGGUAAACAGUUCUUCACUGAACAUCUAGCAACCUGACUGUCAUCUGUCUUGUGGCAGCCAAUGGACAACCUGACUUUCACAAACGGCAUUCUCCUCGUGGAGGGACUAAUAGUUACACCUCAAUCUUCCUAUCCUGUUUUCAUCCUGCUACUGUUGGUUUAUGUUUUUAUUAUGGUUUCCAACAUUGGACUCAUAAUUCUGAUCUCAACAGAGAAAAAUCUACAUCAUCCUAUGCACUUUCUGUUCUGUAACUUGCCACUGAAUGAUAUAAUAGGGACCACUGUCAUUUUGCCACGCUUAAUGCAAGACAUUUUAAGAGAAACUUCAGAGCGAUAUAUGACAUAUGCAGAGUGUGUUGUUCAAGCUUAUUUUGUUCAUAUUUUUGCAGUAGCAUGCCAUUAUGUGCUGAUGAUCAUGGCCUUUGACAGAUUUGUGGCUAUAUGUAAUCCACUGCGGUACACAGCUAUAAUGACCAAUAAAAUGGUGGUUAAACUAUCAGCAUCAGCCUGGGGGAUGUCAGUAUUCAUGGUUUCAAUUCUGUUAGGUCUCACUAUACGCCUCUCUCGUUGCAGAUCCAAAAUUGAAAACCCUUUCUGUGACAAUGCCUCACUGUUUAAACUGUCCUGUGAAAAUGUUGUUGUUAAUAAUAUAUUUGGAAUAGUUUAUACUGUGAUUGUUUUUACCUUUUCACUUGGGUCUGUAUUUAUAACAUAUAGCAAGAUUGCUACUAUAUGCAUAACCAGCAAAAACAAAUCACUGAACAGUAAAGCCAUAAAAACCUGUGGCACUCACAUAGCUGUUUAUAUAAUCAUGUUUGUUUCUUGUGCUAGUUUUGUUUUUCUUCAUCGUUUUCCUGAAUACUCUGAAAGCAGGAAACUAGCUAGUAUAAUGUUCCAUAUUGUACCACCAGGACUAAAUCCUUUAGUGUAUGGUUUACAAACCAAAGAAAUAAGACAGAAAUUUUUACAGAUUUGGUGUAGAAAAAAUGUGAAUCCAUAA